ACAUGGUGUGGUUGAUUGCUGCAAUUUAUGAAACAGUUGUUAUUUUUCUGUUUGUAGGAUAUCAUGAAUACUAGUGGUUCUGGCAAUGGCACAGGAGACUCUAUUGGAUCAACUCCUUCUAAAACAGAUGAUCUUGCUUGGGCUCAUUGUUUGAUUGUCCCAGGCAGAAGGAAUCAGACUAAAUGCUUAUAUUGUGAUAAGCUCAUACUAGGGGGUGGAAAAACUAGAUUGAAAGAGCAUCUUGCCGGAAUCAAAGGCAAUGUUGGUGCUUGCAAAAAACUUUCAGCAGAUGUGAAGUGGCAAAUGCAACAGUUGUUAAGUGAAAUAAGGAAAGGGAAAGAAAAGAGACAGAGACUUGGGGAUAUGGUUGGGAGUCAAUGUGAUUCACAAAUAUUUGUUGAUGAAGAUGAUGAAAUUGAAGAAAGCCAUCGAUCUCAAUCACAUGUAGCACAACAGAAAAAAAAUAUUAAUUCAUAUUUCGUACCAAGGACAACUCUUGGAGCCCAGAAAACCAUAAAAAAUGCUUUGCAAUCAAGAGAAAAACAAGAAGCUGCUAGGAUGGCUAUUGCUAGAUGGUGGUAUGAUGCUAAUGUGCCUUUCCAUGCUACACGUUCAAAAUACUACUUGCCAAUGUGGGAUGCUGUCACAUCUAUGGGACCUGGUUUCAAGGGACCGAGUUACCAUGAUUUGAGAGGUUCUCUCUUAAAAUGUGUAGUAAAGGAAGUUAAUGAAUGGCUCUUAUCUUUGAAGUCAAUAUGGAGUACCAAUGGUUGUUCAAUUAUGGCAGAUGGAUGGACAAAUUAAAGACAGCAACCAAUAAUUAAUUUCCUUGUUUAUUGUCCUAGAGGAAGCAUGUUUUUGAAGUCUGUUGACACUUCUAGUUUGACAAAGGAUGCUGAUACAUUGGAGAGGAUGUUUGAUGAAGUGGUGAAAGAAGUGGGAGUGGAAAAUGUGGUACAAUUUAUAACAGACAAUGAUGCUUCAUUCAAAGCUGCUGGGAAAAGGUUGGAAGCAAAGUACAGCACAUUUUUUUGGUCUCCUUGUGCUGCCCAUUGUAUUGACUUG